AUGCCCCGCCCCUCCGACCUGUACCUGUUCUGGGCGGCCGUCCCGCACCCUACCGAAAGCCUGGCCGCGCACAACAUCCUCAACAGCGUCGACGACCUCACACACGUCCUCGACAGCCUCCACCUCGGCACGGUCACGCCAGCCCAGUGCACGCUGCUCGAGACGCUCGCGGCGGACUUUGGCACGCUGCACAUGCCCCAGACGCAAACCUUCCUUCUCGACCUCGCCCGCGCGAUGCACGGCACGCCGCUAUACGACCGCAAGCGCUGCCGGGGGCUGGAGGAGCUCAUCGCCGACCUGCAUGAGAUCAUCCUCUCUGAGCCGCCGGUUCCGAGUCCAGUUGUGAGGAGUCAGGCCGCCACGAGUGGGGAGGUUGUGACGCGUGAUGAUAUGACGACCCGGGCUGUUUCGACGACCCACGCUGCUUCGACGGCCCACGCUGCUCGGGCGACCCACGCUGCUUCGACGACGCAAAAAGUCACGUCAGCUAUCCCGGGCGCUGCGAGCGCGGCUGUGCCUCCUCGCUUGGGUCGGCCUGUCAGUACGAGAGGAAAUUGCGCUGACGGGGUAGGCGGCUCUCAGUGA